CAACCUUUCAUUUCAGUUCAUUCACUCUCACUUCUCCUUUCACAUUAAAAUGCAAGGCCUCCGCCGCUGCUCAAACGACGUCGUACACCUCGACCUCACCACUCCCACGCCGGCCACAACCAACUCCUCCACCACCUCAUCCUCCUCCUCGCUCUCCAUCGACGUCGAGGAAUCCACGGAGGCGCGUAUCCAGCGGCUCAUAUCGGAGCACCCGGUGAUCAUCUUCACGCGCUCCUCCUGCUGCAUGUGCCACGUCAUGAAGAAGCUCCUCGCCACCAUCGGAGUCAACCCCACCGUCAUCGAAUUGGAUGACCACGAGAUAGCGGCCCUCCCGGACGCCACCCGCACUCCCGCCGUCUUCAUCGGCGGUGCCUCCGUCGGCGGCCUGGAGUCCCUCGUCGCCCUCCACGUCAGCGGCCACCUCGUCCCCAAACUUGUCCAAGUCGGCGCCCUCUGGGUAUGACCACCACCCACCACCACCGUCAAUAAUAUAUUUUUCAUAAUCGCCACCAUAUAUAAAUAUAUAAAAAUAUAUAAAAAUUAUUUACCUCCAGAAAAGAAGAAAAAAACUAAUUGUAUAAUUUUUAGUCCUCCUCUCUAUGUUAAAUGAAAUCUCUCUCAAUUCACCA